AUGAACGCUUAAAAUAAAUAGGUUACAAAGGUUAAGAUAUUAAUAUAAAAUGUAGUUCAGAUGGUAAUUGUUUUUAUCCUUAAUAAUAUAAAUAAAAAAUGUACCCUCGUGAGUAAGAAUGGCUAAUAUGUGAAUUUGACAAGGAAAACAUUAAAUGGACAAUUUGUAACUCAAUAAUCUAUUCAUUUUAAUACAUAUUAAAUAAUUGGAAGAAGGAAUGAUGAUGGAGGGUAUUUGAUCACUUGGGAUGACAACUCAAAGUAAAUCCAAAUCAGAAGAUAUCAAGAAUAGUGA